ACCACGAUGCUACACAAUAUUAUUUAAUCCAGAAGAAAACACUUCACAAGCUGUCAUGUCGAGUGAAGGAAUUUCCAAUGUUGCAUACAUUAGGAUUAUAUUCUGUCAUGGAGAAUAAAAAUGUCCCCUCACAAAUUUGGAGUAUGUUUAUUACUAGUGUUGUCUUAUCAAAUUUAUUUCAUGUCGCAACAACCAAUGUGAUGUACAAAACCAAAACGGAGGCUGGUAACUUACUUCAAUAUCGUUCUGGUGAUAUUUUACUUGCCGGUUUGAUGCGUGUACACAGACGAGGUAACGAAGCCUGCUCUAAAAUACAAGAAGAUGGAAUCCAAGCUGUUGAAACAAUGAAUAUGAUCAUUGAUCAGGUUAACAGAAACACAAAAAUUCUGCCCAAGAUUAGACUUGGUACGAUUAUGGUUGAUACAUGUGACGUGGACAGUCAUGCAUUGAAACGGGUUGUUGUAGAUAUUUUGCCGUUAUUAUGGAAUGUCAGCAUACAGUCCACAAGUAGCUCUGAAGAGCGACCACAAGUGGCAACAUCGUUAAUUGCAGGUGUUGUUGGAUCUGCUUCUAGUGCGGUAUCCAUACAAGUCGCAAAUUUAUUACAAGUGUUCCAAAUACCACAGGUUAGCUACUGGUCUACAAGUCCUGAUUUAAGCAACAAAGCAAGAUAUAAAUAUUUUUUUCGAACUGUUCCGUCUGAUACAAAUCAGGCUAAAGCAAUGAUUGCCGUUGCAAAACAACUUGGAUGGAAUUAUAUAUCGGUCGUUUAUGAAGACGACUUUUAUGGUGUACGAGGAUAUACCGAGGUGAAGGAAACGGCUGAAAAGGAAAAUAUUUGUAUUGCUAUAUCUCAACCUGUCCCACGCAAUCCAACGAAGUCGGAUUUUAAAAAUAUCGUGAAAAAUUUGAUAAGCAAAGUAUCACGUGCUAUCAUUGUCUUCACAAAACGUAACGAUGCGUCGGAGCUCAUGAUUGCUGCUCAGGAAUUCGGAGGGGUGGCGAAUGAAUUUAUAUGGAUUGGUUCGGAUGGAUGGAGUGGUCAGCUACCUAUGUCAGAAAAUGAUGAAUUUAAUGAAGAUAUACUCGACGGCUCAAUCGGAUUUACACCCAAAACAAGCCAUCUAAAAGGUUUUGACGAAUAUUUUACCAAUAUUACACUCAGCCAGAACAAAGGAAAUUUCCGCAAUCCGUGGUUUGCCGAAUACAUAAGUGAGAAAAAUGGAUGUUCACUUAAAUCAGUUUCUGAUCUGCGUAUAUGCUCUCCAGGCGAAAGUGUAAAUCGAUCUGGAUUCGUUCAUAUGACAAAAAUGGAGAGUGUAGCAAAUGCUGUUUAUUCAUUUGUUUAUGCGUUGGAUCAAUACCACAAAGAUAAGUGCGGAGGUAAACCAGGCUUAUGCAAGGCUAUGUCAAAACUUUCCGGAACUAAUCUGCUGGCAACCGGUCUUUAUGAUUAUCUGAGGAAUCUCACUUUUAAAGGAUUUAAUGGCAACAUGGUUGAGUUCGAUGAACAGCAGGAUGGUCCAGCAGUUUACAAUAUUCUAAAUUACAAAAGAAAAGAGCGAACUAGACUUGGAUCGAAAUUGGAGAAAUGGGUGCAAGCGGGAGUUUUCAAAUUAGGAAAUGUUUCCUGGAAUGAGGAAUUAGCGUCAAAAAUUUACACCACUGAAUCAGUCUGUGCAAAACCUUGUGAAGUUGGGGAAGCAAGAAUAGAAGGAACGGAGAUUUGUUGCUGGCACUGCCAAAGGUGCAGAAAAGAUGAAUAUGUAUCGGAAAACGGAACAGCAUGUCUCAAGUGCAUGUUAGGAACAAAGCCAAAUGAAGACACAACGUCAUGUGUUCCUCUCCCAAUAAGCGAAGUAUCGUACGAAAGCAUUUAUGGAAUUGCUUGCAUAUGUGUUGGAGCGGUUGGACUGGCGUUGACACUGAUUGUAACCGCUAUAUACAUAGUGUAUCGUGAAACGGCCAUUGUGAAAGCAUCAGGCAGGGAACUAUGCUUUUUCGUGCUUGUCGGUGUGUUUCUUACAUUUUUAAACUUUUUGUCGUUGACUGCUUCUCCUACGAUUACAACUUGCGUCGUUUCCAGGGUAUUGCUUGCAAUGGGACCAACUUGUAUGUAUGCAGGACUUCUUACAAAAACGCUGAGAGUUGUGAUUAUCUUCCAGUCCAAAGCAAUUCUCUCUCAAAGGGUGAAGAUGUUCAUAAGACCGUGGCCUCAAAUUUUAUGGACAACUGGUCUUGUGUUGCUUCAAACUGUUGUACUUGUGGCAUGGUUUAUCAUCAGUAAACCCUCUGUUGAGAUCCUGUAUCCAACGCCUGAGAUAGCGUUUUAUGCAUGCGAACACCUAGUGGAUAUUCCUAUUCUGAUUGGUCUAAUAUAUCCUUUUUUACUCAUCAUUAUAUGCACUGUAUUUGCAACUGUAAACAGAAAUGUGCCGACUGGGUUCAACGAAACACAAUAUAUAGGUUUUUCAAUGUAUACAACAUGUGUCAUUUGGCUUGCAUUUCUACCAAUCUUCAUAACGAAUAGCUCAGAUCUAGCACAAAGAAUAAUGACUACAUCAGUAUGCUUGAGUCUAAGCGCAGCUACAGUUCUCAUAUGCUUGUUCGGACCUCGUUGCUUUACGAUACUGUUCUAUCCCGAGCAAAACACACAGCAAUCAGUUAUGUCUGGAAGCGUUGACAAAGGUGGUGUUCCUGGCUCAGCUCCGGCUUUAUCUUCCCUCAAAGAACGGUCUAAAACUGCGAACACCAGCACAAAUAAUAAUAAAACGACUACACCAAAAAAUGAUCACGAAAAAAAUCAUGUAUCAGGGGAAAUGAAGAACGGCUACUCAAUGUCAGAAUCAACCGGAAAAUCGCCUAAUGGUUAUUAUAAUGGAGCGCUGGACGUUUGUUCCGAAACAGAUUCUCCGGUCUAUAAAGCAGGGUAUCUUCCUGAAUCGUUAGAGGCGCAAAUUUCAGGUGGCGAAGACACGAAAUUUUAAGCAAUUCAGAAUGCAAGAUGUGAAUGAAUCUUUUAGAGGACAAUAGCGGAAUCUUUUUACGUAACGUUAAAUUACUUCAACCAACGGAUAUGUGAUCUUUUAAUCCUCAUCUACCAAAGAAAAAGACAUAAAUACCUAAGUUUUUAUGCAAAUUUUAACUUUCGUUUGUUGCCUGUAAAUCUCAAUCUUAAUACGUACUGCAUUAACAAUUUUUCUAUUCCCUUUUUUUUAUUAUUUUGUUCCGAUGCGUCAUUGAAAUUAUACAUGAUUGGUGAAAUGAACCAUUCUAAUAUUCAAUAUUUCAUGUAGAAGAUGUUAAUUUGACGUUUGAUACCAUUUAAGUAGUUGAUAAUCGAACUUUGGAUUGUUUCCAUUUUAUAUCGACAAUCGAUAUCAGUUCAAUAUUAGUAAUUGAUUUUGUUCGUUUAAUUUUUAUCUCUAUCUAUUUUUAAUUGUUCAGAAGUUUCUUAUUAUCAUGUGUGAUUUCAAUUCUAUGCAGAUUUGCUAAAGAGUAAUUAUUUGUGCUUUUAUCAUUGUAAAUCAAAUAUAAAAUUAUUGUUUAAAACUUUCUUCGAUUUUUUAUUCAUAAUUGGGCGACAAUAACUGAUUUUGAACGUUUGGAAAAACUGUUGCUAUCCGUUUUGAAAAUGUCGUACAACUUUACACUAAAAUUAUGACAUUGGGGGAAAAAAAAUAAAA